GAAAGCGAGAUCCAAGUGUUGACACGUCUUCAGCCGCACAAACAUAUUAUGGAAUUUAUUUCGUGGGGAAAAAUCAAUCAAAAUAUUUAUCUUCUUUUGUGUGAAUACUGCGGAUGCGGUUCAUUACAAGACAUUAAGUUACCGGUUGCUAAUCAGCAGCAGUUGAACCGAAUUGUAUACCAGACAUGUUUGGCCAUCGAAAGGAUGCAUUCCAUAGGCAUAACUCAUCGCGACUUAAAGAUUGAAAAUAUUUUGUUUGAUAACAACGGAAUCGUUAAGUUAUGCGAUUUCGGUUCGGCCACUACUGACUCAUACCUUCCGGACCUGAAUUGGACACCAAUUCAGAGGUCACUUCUUGAGGAUGAGAUGUGUCGACACACGACUCCAAUGUAUAGACCGCCCGAAAUAUUAGACACUUAUCUCCAUUUGCCAAUCAAUACGGCGAUCGACAUCUGGGCCUUCGGUUGCCUUCUAUAUUGUCUUAAGUUUGGGAGACAUCCGUUUGAAGACUCGGCAAAACUACGGAUAAUUAAUUGCAAUUAUACUAUUCCUAACAACUCUUCUGAUUCCGAUUUAAUCGUUCGGAUUAUUAAAUCUUGUAUUAAAGUGGAUCCCAACGAACGAAUGCCCGCAACAGACAUAAUAGGUUUAUUAGAGGAGAAUUUUGUUGAUCUGAACGCUCCGUGCGUUAAUCCCCGUCAGACCACACCUACACAACCGACAAACCCAGUGAUUGGAGUCGUCCCGAACGCCCCUUUGCCCCAAAUACCCGGUUCAGCUCAGCCUUCAUUCAGCUUUUCUGGAUUUACUCGUUAUAUCAAAGAUACGUCUAAUAAAGUGAUGCAAACCGUUCAGAAUUCAAUUGCUCGCCAAGACUUGGAUAUGUCUUUUUUGACGAGUCGUCUAAUUGUAAUGUCAUAUCCGGCCGAAGGUCUUGAGUCCGCGUAUAGAAAUCAUAUCGAAGACGUGAAAGCAUUCCUUGAAUCA